AUGAAUUUCACACCUGAGGCCAACAAUUUGACGGAAGCUGUAAAUUACCUGGACACAUUAAUUACAGCCGUUGGCAGGAAUGUGACUGUUGUUGUCCUCGGCAUCGCCAUCAGCUACAUCAAUGCCACCAUGGUCCACACAUUCAACAAACAUCAUAUCUUCAGGGUGAAUGCUCGCUACAUCCUUUUCAUCCACUUGGUGUUCAACGACAUGAUCCAGCUGACAACCAGCAUUUCUCUCUUCAUCUUCACCUACGCCUUCCACACCAUCUAUGUCUCCAUCUGUUGCCUCCUCGUCUUGCCAGCUACUCUCACCACACUGAACACCCCUCUGAAUCUAGCUUUUAUGGCAGCAGAGUGCUACAUUGCUGUCUGCCUUUCUGUCCUGCCGGAUGUCUUCAUCCUCCUGGCUACUGAACCUCUGGAGUUUUUAAAUUCAAGAGUGUACUGUUCCAGGGAUACUGUGUUUAGGAGCACCUACAGUCUAAAGAAGAGGGAUACGUCCCACAUAGUGUUUCUGGUAGUGGUUUGGCUCACUCUGUUCUACACUUACUUCAGAAUUUUGUUUGUGGCCAAGGCUGCAAAUGCAGAUGCUAAAAAGGCCAGAAACACUAUCCUGCUUCAUGGUUUUCAGGUGCUGCUGUGUAUGAUGGUCUAUGUGCAGCCUAUGUUACUUCAGGUUCUCAUAUACUUGUUUCCAGGAGGUGUUAGAUCCAUAAAAUUUGCUAUUUUUACUACAAUCCAAAUCCUCCCUCGAUUUGUUAGUCCUAUUGUCUAUGGGCUACGAGACAGGACUUUCAGUAAAUACUUCAAAAGUUGA